ACGAUGUCAUAACAGUUCACUACUGUAACGGUUGUAGCCUUUACAUCUUUCGUAAAAUUAAUGCGCUCGUGAAUAACCAAGUUAUAACUUAUAAUCGCACCGCGUCUGCAAACAAACUGUUGGUCGCAUGACAUCACGCACAAAUAAAUUUUCUCUCUUGAAACCAAGCAAGUGCUGGUGUCUCUCUUUAACUCGCAUCCAGGACUAAAUUUAGGACCACACUGAUGUCAGUGAUACCAGCAGAACAUCGUAUCUCUACUCUAAUUUCCGACGACUCAUAGCCGCAGCGGAGCUAGCGUUCGGGCGUUGCGCUUUUAAAAGCGCAGAUAUUGUAGAGUGUAGACCGAAAAACGAACUCGUGGUGGUGGUACCAAUCGGUUUAUCUACACAAUGUUGAGUGCCGCUCAAUGUCAUCUCAUAUAAGCACGGCGGACCCCGAACAGCAGCACUCUGUGGCUGAUCAUAAAACGCACGCUUGCACUUGCACAGCUGCUGUAAUAUCGUAGAUUUGCCAUUUUUUUCUUUGAGCAUUGACUUAUAUUGUAACAUUGAAAGUCUCUACCAGGAUGACUGCCUCGAAAGCGCCGCGUUCCUUCGAUAAAUUUCCGAUAGCCAAAUUAUUCCUGAUUAUUGGAGGGAUCGGCGUGGCCGCUACUGCUGUCAAUGCUGUCAUCACAUUGAUUUGUCAACUUCAUGGCCCGUCCGCCCUGGCAUUCGCCGGAACACCCAUCUCUGCGUCCCUGUCUGUCGCUCUGCUCGUCCUCGCUGUUCAUUUCCAGUUGAAAUUACCUUUUCGCAGCCGGAAAUGCUACAAUCACAUGGAUGGUACAGACUUGCUAGUGAUACGUUGCCUAUUGGCACUGCUUUCCAGCAUUGGUCUGCUGCUGGUGCUGCGGACCAUCACGAUCAUGGUCCCACUCGGAAAUCAGCGCUCCCUUUUCGAGUCCACCCUGCAAAUGACUGCCAUCAUGACGAAAACCCGGAAUGACCUCUUGGGGAACGAAACACGGGCUCAUCUGACUUCGGAAGAAUAUAACCAAAUCGAAGCCGCGUGGAAUGGUUUCGAAGGGACAUUCAACGCAUUUCGGGACACCGUGGCAAAAGCGGAGCAAUCGUGGGGAGCGUCUAUGCGCCCUGUUAUUCUGGUUUUCUUUGGAUUGAUUGGUUUGCUUUUCCUGUUCCAAUCCAUUGUUGGCGGUGUGCUCUGGACUCGUUGGGCUUCCUUUAGGGAAGAAUCCAACAAAAUUGCGGCCGAUUCGGAUGAGGAGAAGGGUAAAACGCUGGAUAACCGUCCUUCAACGGAACUAGGUUCUGCUGUUGAAAAGUGCGCCGAAUGUUCAGCCGAAACCGGGCCGCCGAUCGUUGUGAUUCAUGCUUACAAGGGAGCACUUGCCCUGUACAUGAUGUUCAUCUUGUACUACUUGAUUAAUUUUUAGCGUAAGCUGGUGGCACCUUACUUGAUUCCAAACGCUUUCAGUGGCUGUAUUGUAAUUGUACGAUAACUAUGAUCAACUAGCGGGCAGUUUACUUGUUCCACAGACUGUACAUGUUCAAAUGCCACGUUAUGAAGAUACUGGUGCACAAAAUUAAACAAAGAAAGGUUAAGUUUUGAUAAUUUUCUUGAUAUUGUUAUAACAUUAUGUUAUAUGUUGUUUUAUGUUAUGCAGUUGUGUUUAGCAAAAGCCGCGUAGGUCUCAAUCACGAUUAUUUUGGUCUUCCCGUUUGUGCUUUUCCGCUUUGCUUCUGCCCUUUGCUGCCCUUCUGCUUUACCUCUGUAUGCAGAUUGGAAAUUAUUGUCAUAACGGAGACAAAAACGAUUGCAAUAAA